AUGGUCACAUUUAAAGAAAUUACGAAAUCAAUAGCACAGGCUGUUCGUAAUUCUGCCAUAGAUCCUGAAGGGCAGUCAGCUUGUGACGUUAUUGAGCAAUAUCUGGAUGAACAAACAGUAGCCAAUGGAGGAAGUCUACCGACUAUUGAUACAGCCACUAUCGAUAAACUAUCACAAGACCUGAUCUCACUCUAUUGCUCUACCGUCGACAUCAAUCAUGCACCCCCUAUAUCCAGUAAACCUGAAGCACUCCGAAGCCAGGCACAGCAUUACAUCUUACUUCGGUGCAUACAUGCCCUUUUACCUCUCUUACGACCGCAAAGAAUAUUUGAGGAAUGGUGGCCAUUACUUCAGCCUGUUCUCACUCAUGCUUCAUAUACCAAUAAAAUUAAGAAGGAAGCGCGUCUAUUUAUAGCUGAUAGUCUAAUUGCAGAACUUGAAACUGAAGAUGAAUGUACGUAUUUUCAUAUGCUCAUCAAUAUAUAUCUCGACACCAAUCAACAACAACAGCAACAAGAGACACAGAAAGACGAGACAACUCGAUUGCAUCAAACACUAUUAGAUCUCGAACAAAGUGAGUGGUCAAAGAACCUGACUACCAUCCUAUUGACUGUUGGCGCAUCAGAGACAAAGCAAUUUUUCUUGCUCUUGAACGGUUACUUUCUAUCGAGUAAGCAUCGUCUACAGAUUGUCUACUUAAUGAGUGAAUUUAUGCGAAGAAGAAGAACACAUCUACAUGAAAUUCUUGAUACCCCAUUAUUUGAUUCUAUGUUGAAAUCACUUAUGUAUGACAACUCUACUACCCUGAUUGCCACUUCUGUGACCAAUUUGAUCAUGCUAUUACCUCGAAUCUGUACUUCACUUCCACCCUUCUUACCACAGCUUUUUUAUAUUUUUGCAAGAGCCAUCUGCUGGGAUCAGCUACGAGAUCUAAGAAAGAAGCAGAGCAUUGAUUCUACAUACCAUUCGCCUACCUACAUUGCUGAUGGUUGGGACUGUGUUGAUUAUACCUUUUCUAAAUUAUCCGCGCCUCCUUCCAAUCCUCAGACCGGCGCCUUUUUUACCUCAUUAUAUGGUCUCUAUCCUUGCAACUUCUUAAAAUUCCUGUACAAGCCUUAUGCGUAUUUUAAAGAGAAACAGUUUAUAUUUCCUGAAGAAUUUGAUGAAGAAACAUUUAAAGCAAGAACGAUCACACAAGUUACAAGGCAUAUGCUACAUCCAAACCUCGUCUUGAUGGAUACAGAAUCAGAACUUACAGACAAGACACGGUGGAUGAAGAUGGAACCACCAGAUGUGAUGGCUCAAAUUAUGGGUCUGGAUCUAACAAACGCUGCUUCUCGUGUCGCGUUCGGUCAUGAAAAUAACCAUAGUCAUCGACAACAAGAUCUACUAGACGAAAGUCUGUGGGAGGACACUCAAAGAGGAUCUGUGAAAGAGGAUGAAUCGACCAAAGAGAUAUCGAUGAAACAAGAUGAAGAAAAGGAGCAAACAGACCCUGAAAGUACUCAAGAAGACAGCAAACAAGCACCUGCUAUGGUAUCGAGUAUUAUGAAGUUGCAUAAAGCACUCAAGAGCGGAGCUGAGGUUUUAGUAGGAGAUGAUGUAUGGGACUCGUUUGGCAUUAAGCAACAAGAGUCUAUAGAGUCGCUGGAUAGGGAUCAGGCAUCAGCUGAGGAUGAGACGAUGUCUUCAGAGACAAAGCUGCUUCUGGCUGGUUUGAAAAGAGAAGUGCUAUUGCUAAAGAAUGAACUUAACUUUGAGCUCUUCCUCAAGCAGCAGCAUUUACAGCACAUUGGACGUCUACACCGUGAGCAUGUCCUUGACAGCUCCGUCGAAGCUGAAAGACAACAGCUGUAUAAUACUACACGUAUGUUAAAAGCACAGCUCAAUCAAACAACCUCAGCAUUGGAAAAGCUGAGAGCAGAGUCAGCCUUGACAAAGCAAAAGCAUGUUAAAUGGGAAGAUGAGCAAUCUGGAAAGUUGAGAGGAUAUAGAGAAGCAAGAAAAGAGUGGCAAAACCAAAUGACUCGUGUCGAAUAUCAACUUGAAGAAUACAAGAAGCAGCUGAAGGAACAAAAAGUUCAGCUUGAUUCUGCAAAGCAGCAGAUAUUUGAAUUAGAGAAUGAAUUGAAAACACUGGAACCUGUGAUAAACAAGGUAACAGAAAGCGAGCAUCGUGUGAAGCAACUCACACAGCAAAUGUUACUGUGGGAAGAAGAUACAAGUCAUAUGGAAGAACAGAAGCGAUAUAUCAAAGGCUUGCUCUCACAGUGGUGGAGCAUGGAGGAAUUGGUUGCUAGUUUACAAUCUGAAAACAAGCGUUUACAGGAAGAACAAGUUCAAAAAGAAGAGCAGUUGGAAAAACUAGCGAUUCAACUGGCAGAACUACAUACAAAAGCAGAUGAGCCCGUGCAUUCGAAUAUGGAAAAUGUCUCUGUUGAAAAGAAGGCCUUGGAACAAACACUAAAGGAAGCUAAAUUAAGACUAGAGCAAUUAGAGCACAGAUGGAGUCGGUCAAGUGUCAAUUGA